ACGAUGACAGUCACUUGGUCUGGUUUAAUUGUAAUUAUUUGGAUUCAGAGGACGUAUCAGCAUGGAUAUCUUGCAGAUCCCCCGCAGAGAUCUUCUAUUUGGCGGGAAAAUCCAGACGCUCCUAUUAAUUACAAUGACAAUCAGCUGUACUGUGGAGGAAGGGAGAAUUUACGUUUACAUGGAGGACGAUGUGGCACAUGUGGAGAUCCGUAUCAAGGACCACGGGAACAUGAAGCAGGGGGAAAAUAUGCACAAGGGGUUAUAACCCGGAAGUACCCAUCUUAUAAACGAAAGCUUCCGGUUAAGAUCGUUCUCACAGCUUAUCACAAAGGCUAUUACGAAUUUAAAAUAUGUCCCCAUAACAAUCCACAUAUUCCUGUAUCACAGCAAUGUCUUGACCAGCAUCCUCUGAGGAUUGUGGAAGGGAGCAAGCGAUACAGAACGCGGUAUUACCCACAUGACACUGGAAUUCAUCACAUGACGUUACUACUACCACGUGAUAUGAAAUGUACUCAGUGUGUUCUGCAGUGGAGAUAUAGAACAGGUAACAGCUGGGGAACCAAUAGAAAUGGUCAUGGUUGUAUCGGAUGUGGUAACCAGGAGGAAUUCUUGAAUUGCGCGGACAUACAAAUUGGAUAUAACACCCGUAGCAAAGAAAAUUACAAGAAAUUUCAUCAUUCUGGUGACAAAAGUGACGACGAUACGGACAAUCGAGGCCAUGACAUAUUGAAAAAAGCUGGUAUAACUGUACUAAAUCACUUCUUUUCUCCCUUUGGUUUGUAUAACAAUGAACUCUCGCUUACACCCCAAACGAACGAGAUUUCGUCAUUAUUUAAACAACCAGUAAAUAAAAGAAAUAUUUAUCAAAAGCUAAAGAAAUCAAAUAUUUCAAAAUUAUCUAUUUCCAAUUCUGGAAGGACAGACAAAAAAACUGAACAAUCAUCGAAGAAUAGAAUUUUAAACAAAGUAAAUAUUAGUAGACAUGAAAUAAAACAAUCAAAUAUUCUACAAAAAUAUGAGCGAGCUGACAGUGACGUCAGUGAAGACAGUGACGUCAGUGGUGAUAGUGACGUCAGUGGUGAUAGUGACGUCAGUGGUGAUAGUGACGUCAGUGGUGACAAUGACGUCAGUGAUGAAAGUGACGACAUUGAAAAUGUCGUAGAAAGUAAGGACAUUGGAUUAGAUGAUUCGUUAAAUCUGCAAAAACAACAAUCCAGAAAUCCAUUACCUAUAACUAAGACCUCAGAAAAUGAAAUCCAGAACUGGAGUAAUACACCGAGAAUUACUGUUACUAGGAAACCUGUAGUACAACCACCACUGUCUCCAUGGUACUGUUUAUUUGGAGGAAACCAUGGAAACGUAGAAGUAUCAUUUGUACCUGACCAUGAUUUGAAACUUUUACAGUUUUUCAAUAAAUGAACUAAAACAAUA